CUUCCUCUUCCUCCUCCUCCUCCUCCUCCUGUGGUGUGGCGGGACCAGACUAGAGCCGACUAGAGCCGACUAGAGCCGACAGACAGACAGACAGAGAGGAUAACGAUGGUGGACGUGGCCAACAUGGAGAGUGUGGAGAAGGAAUGCGGCGCCCUGGGGGGUCUCUUUCAGGCCAUCGUCAACGACAUGAAGUACUCAUAUCCUGUAUGGGAGGACUUCAGUGCCAAGGCCACUAAGCUCCAUUCACAGCUCAGAACAACAGUCCUGGCAGCUGUGGCCUUCCUUGAUGCCUUCCAGAAGGUUGCAGACAUGGCGACCAACACUCGAGGGGCCACCCGAGACAUCGGCUCAGCACUGACCAGGAUGUGCAUGAGACAUCGCAGCAUCGAGGCCAAACUCAGACAGUUCACAAACGCCCUGCUGGAGAGUCUGAUCACCCCCCUGGCAGACAAGAUGGAGGACUGGAAGAAGACGGCCAGUCAGCUGGACAAAGACCACGCCAAAGAGUACAAGCGUUCGCGUCACGAGAUCAAGAAGAAGUCGUCUGACACCAUCAAGCUGCAGAAGAAGGCACGCAAAGGACGCGGCGACGUGCAGCCUCAGUUGGACAGCGCGGUGCAGGACGUGACGGACUGCUGUCUGCUGAUGGAGGAGAUGGAGAAGCAGGCGGUGCGGCGCGCCCUGGUGGAGGAGCGGGGGCGCUUCUGCACCUUCACCGGCUUCCUGCAGCCCGUGGUGAAUGGAGAGAUCGCCAUGUUGGGGGAGAUCACGCACCUCCAGGCCAUCAUCGACGACCUCACCGUGCUGACCUCUGACCCUCACAAACUCCCCCCCGCCAGUGAACAGGUGAUCCAGGAUCUGAAAGGUUCAGACUACAGUUGGUCCUAUCAGACUCCUCCCUCCUCCCCCAGCAGCUCCUGCUCACGCAAGAGCAGCAUGUGCAGCAGCGUGAACAGCGGUCACAGUAGUGCGUCGAGGUCAUCGGGUGGUGGUGGUGGUGGUGGUGGUGUGGGCGGGGGCUCUCUGCCUCACUCCCCCUCCUCCUCCUCCUCCUCCUACCGCCAGCGCAGCCUGCAGAGCCAUCAGGCUCCGCCUCCAGGGGGCGUGUCUUGUCAUCGCCUCAGCAGCGUGUCGUCACAUGACUCAGGCUUCGUGUCUCAGGACGCCAACAUCUACUCCAAGCCGCCCUCGCCCAUGACCUCUGACCUCACCAGCCAGAAGUCCUCAAGCUCCGCCUCCUCAGAAGCUUCAGAAACCUGUCAGUCAGUCAGCGAAUGCAGCUCACCUACCACGGAUUGGUCCAAAGCAGGUUCCUACGAGCAGCCUGGCCCCGCCCCCAGGAGGAAGGAGGGCUCGCCCUGUGCUCAGGGACACGCCCCCUCGCCCAGUGCUCAGGGACACGCCCCCUCGCACGCUGACGACACUCACAGGUCCAGAGGGCCUUCAGCUGCCGCCGUUGCCAAGUGCGGAGACGAUGGUUCUCUGGCAGCCGGCGACCUGGCCACGGUUCUGAGCCGAGGUCUGGGUGGCGAGCAGCAGAAGAGCAGCAGGGACUCUCUGCAGUUCUCCAGCGGGUACAGCACAGAGACCACCACCCCGUCCUGCUCGGAGGACACCAUCCCUUCUCAAGGUUCUGAUUUCGACUGCUACUCUGUGAACGGCGAUCCCGAAGGUCCGGAGGCUCAGUCGGACUUCGACAAGUCUUCCACUAUUCCGCGUCACUCCAACAUCGGCCAGAACUACCGUCGUAUGAUCCAGACCAAGAGACCUGCCAGCACCGCCGGUUUACCCAGCGGGGUCCUGGGCCCAGGGGGUCACGUGGUACCUGGACAGCCCGCAGGCGCAGGGGGAGGAUCGGGGACUCCAGGGACCGCCACCAUUCGUAGAACCCCGUCCACCAAACCGGGCGUGAGGCGCACUCUGUCCAGCGCCGGCCCCAUUCCCAUCCGGCCUCCCAUCGUACCCGUCAAGACCCCCACCGUGCCCGGGGCGAGCGGGUACAUGGGCGCCGUUCCAGUGCGUGUGGGCAGCGAGGAGUGCGUCUACUUCACCGGAACCGACGAGGCGCAGGGCGUGCUGGAUUAUGUGAAGGCGUCGCCCAAGCGCCUCAGCCUUCCGAACACAGCCUGGGGAUCCGGGGCGGCGCUGGAGGUCUACGCCCAGCAACACGGGACAACUUUGGGGAGCAGGUCCGAGGAGGACCGGAUGAUCGCCGCCAACCGCCACAGCCUGGUAGAGAAGAUCGGCGAGUUGGUCGCCGGCGCGCACGCCCUCGGCGAAGGCCAGUUCCCGUUCCCUGCCCUGCCGGAUGACCCCACUGCGGGGGCGGAGGGGGCGGAGGGCGCGUCCGGCGACAUGCUGACCACCAUCAGGAGAGGCGUCCGACUCCGCAAGACCGUUUCCAACGACCGGUCGGCGCCGCGCAUCUUGUGAUCCAACCCCCGUCGGGGAAGGGGGAGGGUCCUUGCCGUGCGUGGCAGCAGAGUCCGGUAGAACUGAACCCCGUGGGAGAACUACCGGGAGAACACCUUUAUAUUUAAUACUCGGGCCAAUCAGAGACCUUCUAUUAACCAGACUGUGGGAGGGGAGGGGCUACUGCAGGAAGAGCAAAGGGAGGGGCUAGGUGGAGUGAGUGGAUGCAAGGGGGCGGGGCCAGGGCGUCACAUGACCUGCUGGCUUGGAACCUCAACUGUUUGACUGGACUGAAGCUUCACAACACGGGGAGCCAACCGGCUGUGGGGGCCCCCAUGGGGGCCUGCCCCCGCUGGUCGGCCUUGAACCGUGUGUGUGUGUGUGUGUGUGUGUGUGUGUGUGUGUGUGUGUGUGUGUGUGUGUGUGUGUGUGUGUGUAAAUAUGACGAUGACAUAUAGACGUUUAUAUUUUGUAGAAAGAGAGCAAUAAGUUGUCAUUUCUGGCGCGAGGAAGAGGAAGUUGAGGAUGAAGAAGCACUUUGAUGAAGAUGAGGAGAAAUGAGAGUAGUCAGUGUUGUCCAAACCAGCAAAACGUUUGUAAUUCAAAUGAUUUCUUUCCAUCCCCGAAGCAAACUAACAUCUUCUGCCAGCUCUGCAUUCAAUAUAAAAGUCUUCGUUUGGCUUUUUGAAAGAUUGAUGACAGAGCUCCAUUUGAAGACACGUAGUGAAGCCUGCUUUGUAUUCUUUAAUACAUUAAGAAACACCGCCAUCACGCUACCUAUGUGAGCUACAUGCUAACAUGACGUUUUAACAUAAUGCUAAGUUAGCAACAUUAGCAUAGCUAUAUGAGCUACAUGCUAACAUUACAUUUUAACAUCAUGAUUAGCAACACUAGCAUAGCUAUCUAAACUACAUGCUAACUUUAUAUUUUAACAUCAUGAUAAGUUAGCAACAUUAGCAUAGUUAUUUGAGCUACAUGCUAACAUGACAUUUGAACAUCAUGCUCUAAUAGCAACACUAGCAUAGCUAUCUAAACUACAUGCUAACUUUAUAUUUUAACAUCAUGAUAGGUUAGCAACAUUAGCAUAGUUAUUUGAGCUACAUGCUAACAUGACAUUUGAACAUCAUGCUCUAAUAGCAACACUAGCAUAGCUAUCUAAACUACAUGCUAACAUUAUAUUUUAACAUCAUGGUAGGUUAGCAACAUUAGCAUAGUUAUGUGAGCUACAUGCUAACAUGACGUUUGAACAUCAUGCUCUAAUAGCAACACUAGCAUAGCUAUCGAAACUACAUGCUAACAUUAUAUUUUAACAUCAUGAUAGGCUAGCAACAUUAGCAUAGUUAUGUGAGCUACAUGCUAACAUGACGUUUGAACAUCAUGCUCUAAUAGCAACACUAGCAUAGCUAUCGAAACUACAUGCUAACAUUAUAUUUUAACAUCAUGAUAGGCUAGCAACAUUAGCAUAGUUAUGUGAGCUACAUGCUAACAUGGCAUUUGAACAUCAUGACAGGUUAGCAACAUUAGCAUAGCUAUGUGAGCUACAUGCUAACAUGGCAUUUGAACAUCAUGCUAGGUUGCAAAAUGUUCACACUCCCACGUCUGGCUGAGUGAUAGUUGUCAGGACUUUGUUUUCAGAUGUGUAGUGAAGCCUGAGGAAGAGAAUGUGUGUGAGAUGGAAAAUAGAAAUUGUUCAUAAAGAAAUAUAACUGUGACAACAUCAUUAAAAAGACAUUU